AUGUCACUGAGAUUGCCACAAAACCCUAACGCGGGAUUGUUUAAGCAAGGUUAUAACAGUUAUUCCAACGCCGAUGGACAAAUUAACAAGUCAAUUGCGGCCAUCCGUGAAUUGCAUCAAAUGUGUUUGACUUCAAUGGGUCCCUGUGGUAGAAACAAGGUCAUUGUCAACCAUCUGGGUAAAAUUAUUAUUACCAACGAUGCAGCAACUAUGCUAAGGGAACUAGACAUUGUCCAUCCUGCGGUGAAAGUCCUUGUAAUGGCCACUGAACAACAGAAGAUCGAUAUGGGUGAUGGUACCAAUUUAGUUAUGAUCUUGGCAGGUGAGUUAUUAAAUGUCUCUGAGAAACUGAUUUCAAUGGGUUUAUCCGCUGUAGAGAUUAUUCAAGGUUACAACAUGGCCAAGAAAUUUAUUUUGAAAGAAUUGGAUGAAUUGGUUGUUGGUGAAAUUACUGACAAAAACGAUAAAAAUGAACUUUUGAAAAUAAUAAAACCAGUUAUUUCCUCUAAAAAAUACGGUUCUGAAGAUAUACUAAGUGAACUCGUUUCUGAAGCUGUAUCUCAUGUUUUACCAGUUUCUCAACAGGCUGGGGAAACGCCUUACUUUAAUGUUGACUCCAUCAGAGUAGUAAAGAUCAUGGGUGGGUCUCUUUCCAAUUCCACCGUUAUUAAAGGUAUGGUUUUCAAUCGUGAACCCGAAGGUCAUGUGAAAUCAUUAUCCGAUGAUAAAAAACAUAAAGUUGCCGUUUUCACAUGUCCACUUGACAUAGCCAAUACUGAAACCAAGGGUACUGUCCUGUUACAUAAUGCGCAAGAAAUGUUGGACUUUUCUAAGGGUGAAGAAAAGCAAAUUGACGCCAUGAUGAAAGAAAUUGCCGAUAUGGGCGUAGAAUGUAUUAUUGCAGGUGCGGGCGUUGGCGAAUUGGCGUUGCAUUAUUUGAAUAGGUAUGGUAUUUUAGUCUUAAAAGUGCCAAGUAAAUUCGAAUUAAGAAGAUUAUGUCGUGUUUGUGGCGCUACUCCAUUACCUAGAUUGGGUGCUCCAACUCCAGAAGAAUUAGGUUUAGUGGAAACCGUUAAAACUAUGGAAAUAGGUGGCGAUAGAGUAACUGUUUUUAAACAAGAACAAGGCGAAAUCUCAAGAACUUCUACGAUUAUUCUAAGAGGUGCCACCCAGAACAAUCUAGACGAUAUUGAAAGGGCCAUUGACGAUGGUGUAGCAGCUAUCAAGGGUCUAAUGAAACCAUCUGGUGGUAAAUUGUUGCCUGGAGCUGGUGCCACUGAAAUUGAAUUGAUUUCUAGGAUAACCAAAUAUGGUGAGCGAACACCUGGUUUACUACAGUUAGCCAUAAAACAAUUUGCCGUUGCUUUUGAAGUGGUUCCUCGUACUCUAGCAGAGACUGCUGGUCUUGAUGUAAAUGAAGUACUACCAAACUUGUACGCAGCACACAACGUUAGUGAGCCUUGCUCGGCUAAUGAGGACCAUUUAUAUAAAGGUGUGGAUAUCGAUGGUGAAACUGGUGAAGGUGUAAAGGAUAUUAGAGAAGAUGGUAUUUACGACAUGCUUGCCACCAAGAAAUUUGCUAUCAACGUCGCCACAGAGGCUGCAACUACUGUGCUUUCUAUUGAUCAAAUUAUUAUGGCCAAGAAAGCUGGUGGUCCAAGAGCGCCUCAAGGUCCAAAACCAGGAAACUGGGAUCAAGAUGAUUAA